CCAUGGGAACAGAAGGGUCAUUUGGACAGAGGAGGAGAAAGUGGCUGUGUUAACCGAAGCCCAUGCAGGCCAUUUUGGACCACGGACGAUGCAAGCGAAGAUUGCUCCCCGGUUUUAUUGGCGGUCCAUCACAAAGGACACAUUGGAUUGGGUGCGCACAUGUCCUGACUGCCAGCGCUUUGAAAAGUUAAAGACCGAGGCGCCUGAGCUGAAGCCCAUCAAGGUCGUAUCACCUUGGUACAUGGUUGGUGUGGACCUCUUUGGACCUGUGAAAAAGUCGUCUAAGGGGAACAGAUAUUGUCUCACUUUGACCGAUUAUUUCACCAAGUGGGUUGAAGCAAGAACAUUCCCAAAAAAGACAGCAGCCAAUGUGAAGGAGGCCUUGAGGGACGUUUUCUUUACUCAUGGUUUGCCUGAAGUUAUCCUCACUGACCAGGGCACUGAAUUCAAGAAAGAGUGUCAUUGUUUCACGGACCAUACAUAUGCUGGCCCCACAUCACCCUGGAAAAAGGAGCUGCACCCCGACCAGAAACAACUGCUCGAGUAUGUUUUGGCCUGCGAUCGUCCAGCUACGGAGCUGAUCGUUAAAGAGGGAGGGGUGUGUUUAACCCGAGAAGAGUUUUGGUCUCUCGGGUUGUCCGGAGACAUGGACUCCACGAUUGGAAAUGCUUGCCUCCAGCUGGUUCAGGAAGCUGCUCAGAGACAUGGCAAAGAUGUCUUCAUUGCCAACAUGUAUAUUGUACCAACGUGGAAGCACAAAGACGUCGAUCCAAUGUCAAGCCUUCCAAGGGAUGCACAUCUAAAGGAUGCACUCCUCUUCCCAGCGUGGAGCAAGCACAACGGGCCAGAGCAUUACCUUCUCUGUCCAUGUUCCAGUGGUGUGCAACAGGGGUCCCCAACCACAGAGUCAUGGACCAGUACUGGAGCAUUGCGCAGCACAUCGUCCCAGGAAGCUGGAGUGAGCUCACUGGAAAAGACAUGCAGGAGAUCCCACGCCAGACCUCGGGGAAUGACUGUGGUGUUUUCAUGCUCAUGUACUCCCUCUGGCUCUGUACGGACACUACUUUUCACUACAGUGUGCUGGACAUGCAGUCAAUCCGGCGUUGGUGGUGUGUCCUUCUAAUGGAGCGCUUUGGCAUUGAAGGGUAGGAGAACUUCUUGAAAUAUCUGAUGUAUUGUUUAUCAUGAUUAGUAACUGCCUGUGAUGAGGUGGCGACUUGUCCAGGGUGUACCCUGCCUUCCGCCCGAAUGCAGCUGAGAUAGGCUACAGCGACCCCAAAAAGGGACAAGCGGUAGAAAAUGGAUGGAUGGAUGGAUUAGUAACUGUAAUCUGAAGAGCUUUUCUUCAAUUUCCCAAUAUGUAAGCUGGGGGAAAAAUAACUGGUUCAAAAAUAAUAAUCUAAUAACCUUUAUUGGUUUGUA